AGUCUUUCCAUCGAAAAAUAAAAGAGUUUGUUCACCCAACCCAAAGGAAUCGUCAAUCGCUCUCUUCUUAAAAAAUCCCAAAUUAUUACAGCACAAUAAAACAGAGAACAGAGAAGACUUAGGAGUUGGUUAAGGUAAUUAAGAACAAAAACAGGAGUAGAAUCACAGAAUCUUAUCGAAGAAAAAGCGUCGUCGUUUGGUAUCUCGAAUAUGGCAGUUGCAUCUGAGGAAUCAACUAGCAUAUGCAGUCACUGUGACAGAGCUAUUCCUUCCUCAAACAUUGAUUUGCACUAUGCACAUUGUUUCCGAAAUCUCAAAAAAUGUAAAAUCUGUGGUGAUAUGGUCCCCAAGAAACAUGCUGAGGAACAUUUCUUGAACACUCAUGCUCCGGUAGCCUGUUCACUCUGCAGUGAGACAAUGGAACGUGAAAUUCUAGCUGUCCAUAAAGGUGAAAAUUGUCCCCAAAGGAUUGUCACAUGUGAGUUCUGUGAGUUUCCAUUGCCAGCAGUUGAUCUAGCUGAGCAUCAGGAGGUAUGUGGGAAUCGGACAGAACUCUGUCACAUGUGUAAUAAAUACAUUAGACUGCGAGAAAGAUAUAAUCAUGAGUCUAGAUGCACUGGCUUACCAGAUACUACUGUAGAGUCUUCCAGGGAUGUGAGGGCUGCUGAAAGAAGACAGCCACAAGGUCCCCAGAGAAGGCAGCCACAGGACUUUUCACGGAAACGACUUCUAUUCACUAUUGCUAUAACUGGCAUUGCUGUUCUGUUAGGAUCAUUUCUCUUCCAGAAGAAAACUGAGGAUAGUCAAGUGCAUUAGCACCGAGAAGUAUUGCAUUCGAGCUUGUGUAAAUCAGCUUAGUAGUACCAUUUCCUUUUAUCUGUAUCUGUAAUCGUCUGAGAACACUGUUGUUGCAAUGCUAUACGCACUGAGAUUGUCUUGGUAUAUCGACAGAUUAUGUUAAGACGUAUCCUCAUUGUAAACGAGCUCCACCAUUUGGACUUUUGUAAAUGAUGGGUUUUAGUAACGUUGCAUUCUCGUUAUUGGCAGGCA